AUGAUACAAAAGCUUUUGGUCGCUCAAGACAUGAAUCUCGUGGACCGCUUUGGCAACAAAACCGAGUUUAUUAACUGGAGUUUCUUUAACUCAUUCUUCUUUGCCAUAACAGUGACCACAACCAUAGGUUACGGACAUCUCACUCCUUAUACCGCUUCUGGAGGUAUUGGUCAUCGAUUUAGUAUAUGCUUCUCAAAUAACAUAUCGAAAGCAAAAUCUCGAUAUCGGAGACAAUUUUCAAUACGACUAAUGCUGCUGAAGAAAGGACUCAUAUUUUUCGUGCCCUGGUUUCUAGUAUUUCUAGUAUUGCCGGCAAUAGUGUUCGCAUUCAUAGAGAACUGGACUUUUCUCGAGGGUUUCUAUUAUUGUUUCGUUACGCUAUCGACCAUUGGUUUCGGUGACUACGUGGCCGGCAGUUUUGAAAAGCACUACAUUUGGGUCUAUAAGCUGAUCGUGGUCCUUUGGAUUAUCUUUGGAUUGGCCUACCUAUCAAUGAUCCUUAACUUCAUAAGUCAAGGCCUUAGGAGUCGUCACUUGACUAACGUUGUCCUCUCCAUCCGCCGUAUGUCUGGCCCUCCAUUCGCCCAUCGAUUCAAUCAUUUAAAUAAAAUUCGUCGCAAUCGAUACAACCGACAGCAGUCGGUGCCCAUCGCACUGGUCACCAAAAACGGCAAACUUAUCAAAAGUGAAGUAUCGCUAAAUAGUGGUGAGACGCCAUCCCUGUCCCCAUCGCCCACAUUCUCACAGCAACAGUCAUUCAACGAGUCGAUAGACACGUGUCGGUCAGAAGCGCCGCAUUUCUUUCAUAUCCUCAAUAUAUUCCCAUAUUUUAAACACUCGUCGUCUUCACGAAAGGUGACGUCCGUAUGA